AUGCAUUGGCUAAGAAGGCCAAAUUGUCUACGGGCCUCACAUUCUUCCAGUCAAUACUCUUCUGAUAAAACAUGUAAAGAAUGUGGUUGUAAACACCAUACACUUCUACACUUUGGUGACUCUAAGGGUGAUAAAAAUACUUCUGAAGUGCCCAUGUUGACUGUCAAUACACAACCAUCGACAUCUAGUGGGAUAGACACUGCGGCAGUCAAUCGUGGUGCCUUAAAAGAAAAGUCAACUGGCAUAUUAUCAACAGCAGUGAUGCGCGUACACGGACCAAUUGGGCGGUCAGAACUAUGCCGUGCAUUAAUAGACACUGCUUCAGAAUCACAUUUUAUUACUAAAGCCUUAGCAAGUCGAUUAGGUUUAAAAGCAUUACAUCAGCCAAUGGUAAUUGUUGGUGUAUCAAAUGCUUCUACAACCACAUCUCAAGUUUCAACGUUCAAUAUUUCUCCUAGGACGAAUGGUAAACAAAUUACGUUAACUGCCUUAGUGUCUCCUAAGAUAACUGUUGAUCCACCUCUGUAG